AUGGUGGUCUUGCAACUUCUUGCGCUUUUGGCGCCACUAUUCUGUCUCUUCUUUCCUCAAAUCGCAGAGGCUCAAUACCUACAGGACUACUUGGUGGAUACUACCCGCCCUGGCCAAUACUUAUACCGGUCUCUCCCAGGCAUUACUCCUUGGCCAGUUAUCGACGUUACCCCUUUAACGGUGUACCUGAUUUACAACUGUUACUACAUGAGAGACAUAUGCAAAAAUGCCCAAAACUUCGCUUUGACCGCAAGAGGGCAAAAUCUACACCCCAACAGCGGUAUUGCCAAUAAUGUAUACGGCUAUGACUUAGACACUGGCGACACUGUUCCGAAAAGUCGACAAGAGGGUCGCCGCGACCAAUCCUGUCCCGAUACUUGGAAAACUUUCCACUCUUGUCCGGAAAUUGACCAGAGGACUGUUAUGCGACAUGAUGGCGAAUGGUUUACGACUGCACUUGAGCCUGGGACCACGACCAACAACAUCAUGAACAAGCGGGAUACUCAGGGCAAUAUUGUCCAGUACUCCAAUGUUCGGUACACCUGCGAUGAGUUCCCGCCGGCCACCUGGGUUGAAGGCGGAAAUGGCCCACCUCUCUCGCCCUCGCCUUCCAACACGCGAUGUGCCGCGCUCGUCUGCUCCACUUAUGGCGCGACGGGGGCAGUCAAAGCAGAGCAAAACUGGCAAGGCUUAGCCCACGGGCUGUUGCAGAUAGAGCUCAAGGAGGCAGCCCGCAACUUCCCCGGGUUUCGCGCAGACCAAUCGAUUGUUCUCUUUACCUUCCGCGCGGAUGACGACGGCGCGGACGGAAUUGCAGCGCGAGUGAUCGUGAUGGAGGACAUUGGGAACGCGGACGAACUGGUGGAGCAUCGCUACGUCACGCAAGCGCGGAAGCGCGCGGAAGGCGGGAAUGCUACUGGUAACUUUACAAGCACGGCCCGCAGGGCCCCCACGACCGCGGAACUCAAAGCCCGCGUCCUGGCGGGUGAGGGCACCCAAUCGGUCGUGCACGCCAACUCCACGUAUGCCAGCAUGUCGGACGUGACGGGGCAGACGAUGCCCAUGCCCCGCAUGGACCGACCAUACCGGUGGGACCGGGAGGACCGGGAGGACCUGGAGGACGCGGAGGAGGAUGCGAGGUUGGGCCACCUGAACAUGACGAUUCGUUCCGAGGCGGACAACGUGAGGUCGGUCCGCUCACGUGAUCAGGGGCCACAGGCACCACGGAGCAUCCCGGAGCACAUCGUCAUGCCGCUGCUCAAGAGAGCGACCGCGCAAGACUUGCAAGCCGCGCGGACCAUCGUGAAGAACGCCCUGGCCGAGUCGUCGAAGCUCAACAAGGCCCGUGUGGCGUCGCCGCUCCGCAACAACUACGGGUUGAAGCCCGGGACGGAAGUCGGGGCGGGCCGGGUUCCGGGUGCGGCUGGAAGCGCGGCGACCAAUCAAGAUGUUCCGCCACUUCUGGUCAUCUCCGACCAGAUCGCGGCGGCGGCGGCACUCGUAGCCGAGGCAGACGCGGUCUCUGGCUCCCGGAACGUCACGAAGCGCGCAGCAGCUGCCGCGGGCACGUACUGGAUGCAAAGUCUUGCUCGGAAAGGCACUGUGCCUUGGGGGAACGAUCCCAAAUAUGUCGUAUUCCGUAACGUGCUUGACUAUGGGGCCGUGGGUGACGGUGUCACAGAUGAUACAAACGCAAUCAAGAGCGCGAUGACAAAUGGCACUCGAUGUGGUGAAGCAUGUAACGGUUCCACGACCAAGAAUGCCAUCGUGUAUUUCCCUCCGGGGAAGUACCUAAUAUCCUCGACGAUUCCCAUGCCGUUCGGAACGCAGGUCAUUGGUGACGCCAACAACCGGCCGACGCUUGUAGCCGCUCCAAGCUUCGUGGGUCUAGGUGUAUUAUCUACGGAUGAGUAUACUGGUGCACCAGGCAUUCGAAAUAUCGUCAUAGACAUCCGACAGAUUGCCCAAGGAACAUUAGUCACGUGUAUCCACUAUCAAGUCGCGCAAGCCACUAGUCUUCAAAACGUGGAGCUGGUAGCCGCAGCGGGCUCAUCUCAAAUCGGCAUGUACGCUGAGAAUGAUAGCGGUGGGCAGAUUUCCGAUGUCACAUUUACCGGCGGUGGGAUCGGGAUUAAAGGGGGCAAUCAGCAGUUCACGGCGCAGCGCCUCACGUUCAAUGGCUGCACGACUGGGAUCCAGGUCAUCUGGGACUGGGGAUGGGUAUGGAAGUCCAUCACUAUGACCAAUGUGAAAGUGGGAUUUCAGCUCGUCGGUGAUGGUGGUGUAGGCAACAUUGGCUCUGUCUCGAUCUUGGACUCGUCAUUUACAAACGUCGGCACUGCGGUUGUUGUCAACCCCAUAACAUCGACUCCUGGGAUGGGCAGCACAGGGGUUGCUCUCGAAAACGUCGCUCUCUCUGGAGUUGCUGUUGCUGUCGCUGAUACGACUGGUGCAACGCUUCUGGCUGCAUCAUCGGCCUUGAUAGACGAGUGGGCCGUCGGACCUGUCUACGAAGGAUCGACGAGUGCUCGCACUUUCUCCAAGGGCGGGAAAAUUGGAAGCUAUCGGAGGCAUUCGAGUCUUCUGGACCCGGAGGGAGCGUAUUUUGAGCGCGCCAAGCCUCAGUACGAGGAUCAAGCUAUUACUCAGUUCGUGCACGUGAAGGACUUCGGGGCCACCGGCGAUGGCUCUACCGAUGACACAGCAGCUUUUCAGUCAGCGCUGUACGCAAGCUUGGGCAAAAUUCUCUUCGUCGACGCUGGGUCAUAUAUUCUAACCUCGACGGUGACCAUUCCUUCUGGCGCUAAGAUUGUUGGGGAAACGUGGUCACAAUUAGUUGCGUCGGGCUCGUAUUUCUCAGAUGCAAGCAAACCACAAGUUUUGAUCAAAGUCGGAAACGCCGGGGAUAUUGGUAGUGUAGAAAUGCAGGACCUUCUUUUUACGACCCGUGGUGCGACAGCAGGUCUAAUUCUUGUCGAAUGGAAUAUCCAAGCUGAUAACCCUGGCUCUGCCGCGCUUUGGGAUUGCCAUGCACGAGUAGGAGGUGCUACGGGAACGGACUUGACACCUGCGGAAUGUCCCCCCGUCACUAGUGGUAUUGAUCAAGGAUGUUCUGCUGCUAGUCUGAUGAUGCACCUCACGCCGUCGGCAUCGGGGUACUUCGAAAACAUGUGGCUUUGGGGAGCUGACCACAUGCUUGACGACCCUGAUCUAGUUAACGCAAACAACAGCAUGGUACAAACCUCUAUCUAUAUUGCUCGUGGCUUCUUGAUUGAAAGCAAAAGGCCCACCUGGCUUUACGCCACUGCGUCCGAGCACUCCGUUUUCUAUCAGUAUAAUUUCAACUCAGCAGCAAACAUAUACGCGGGUAUGUUGCAAACCGAAUCGCCUUACUUUCAGCCAACUCCAGCGCCGCCCGCUCCUUUUGCUGCAGUUGUUGGCGAUUUCCCGGGUGAUCCCGACUAUACCUGUGCUGCCGGGAACGAAUUCAGCGGAUGUGACGAAUCCUGCCUGGUGAUAAUGAAAGGUUCCGAGAACAUAUUCAUCGCGGGCGCCGGCAUUUAUUCCUGGUUCUCGACUUAUUCACAAGACUGCAUCGACACGCAAGCAUGUCAAAAGGCGCUCAUGCUUCUCGAAAACAAUCUUGCCAACGUACGUAUCCAGAACCUCGUAACAAUCGGCGCCAAGUAUAUGGUUGUUAUGGAUGGUAAAGGCAUUCCGGCCAUCGAUAACCUCAACGUGAACAAGCACCCCGACUGGUCCCAAAUAUCCAUUCUCGAUGUUGGCAGCAAUGGCACCCAGUUUAACGAAGUGAUCUGGAUCGACCCCGCAAUUUGGGAUAUGGAUCAGCCUCAAUUCACGUGCUCUCCUCCUUGCAAUGUCAAGAUACCACCUUGGACUGGCGCAACCAGUACCGUCAACUAUCCCCUGAUCACUGUUAGCGAUGGAGCCUGGACAAGCACAAUCACACAAGCACCACUGACCAUAACAGACAGCAACAAGAAAAACAAACGCGCGGCUCCGGCUUUCUUGCCCGUUCCAGCAACGACACCAUUCUGGUCUGCCCUCGUUUACACCGGGGGAAUAGACGGUUUACCGACUACAACAUCCGCUACAGUUCCGUUCCCCAAGCCUCCGCUAUCCAUCGGUCCUAAUGCGCCUCCACCCCCCUCCGGAAGCUGGCCAAACCGAUUAAUUCAGCCCGUAUACGGCUCACCUGAAAGUCCAUUGGUGAACGAAUGUUAUUUUUUCGAUCCAAGCUGUAUCACCCAACCAUGGUUUUUGAAUAAUAUUACCGGAAAUUUUGGUGGUGGCGACGAAGAGAAUUACUGGGACCUCCAGACUAGAUGUCCUCCCGUUAUCUCUUCGUCUACCUCUUCGUCUACCUCUUCGUCGAAGACAACGUCCGCCACCAAAACCAUACCUACUCGGCCGGCGCCCUCGCCCCUCGAGCAAGGUGACGCCAGGACGAACUCGGUCGCCUGCUUCAACAGUGGAGAGAAUACCGAAAACGUGCGGAUGGUCAACUCUGCCAACAGCUUCUGUAACGACAUCCAGAACGACAGCUUAGGCCCUGGUUACUUCCGUUCGAUCGAUUUCCCUUUCGAUUACAACGGCGGCUUGGGCACUGUCACGAUCACAGUAUCUCUUCAAAUCAAGUCCAGAUGCAGCUUCACAUUUGACAAAACCCUGUGCAUGAAAUACCUGUCUGUGCCGUCCGACAGCUGCAACUGUGGCGGUAUUAAUGGGAAACAAGGAGGCGUUGUGGAGAAUAAUUGCUACAAGUGGAUGGUAGACCCCAAUCUUAGUUUCUAAUAGGAAUGGAUGGUUUGGCUUCAGGUGUUGAAAAGCAUGCGGAUAGAGCCUAGCACUGACAAUUGCAUGAACAAGGCAGUGUUUGGCAUGUAAUUAGGCUUCAAAUAUGGGGGUGUAUAUAUAAUAGCAUGCAUAUGCAAAGAAUCAAGCAUCC